GUAAGAUGGGUGGGGGACUACCAUAAGGGGCUGCCUGUGAGACAGACCUCUAUCGUCCUGCGUUGCUCUGCUCUGUGCUGAAACCAUGAGACUCGCCCUGCUUUGUGGGCUACUGCUGGCUGGUGUCACUACCACCCAGGGAGGACUCCUGAACCUGAACAAGAUAGUCAGCCACAUGACAGGGAAGAAGGCCUUCUUCAACUACUGGCCCUACGGCUGUCACUGUGGAUUUGGUGGCAAAGGACAACCCAAAGAUGCCAUAGACUGGUGCUGUCAGAAGCAUGAUUGCUGCUAUGCCCACCUGAAGAUGGAUGGAUGCAGGAUCCUGACAGACAAUUACAAAUACAACAUUUCCCAGGGCGUUAUCCAGUGCUCUGACAAAGGGAGCUGGUGCGAAAGGCAACUGUGUGCUUGUGACAAGGAGGUGGCCUCGUGCCUGAAGCAAAACCUGGACAGCUACAACAAGCGCCUGCGUUACUACUGGCGGUCCCACUGCAAAGGCCAGACUCCCACAUGCUAGGGGAAUCUAUUCUGUCUGUGCCCUGGAUUCCACUCUGUUCAGAGGCAUCUCAAGCAUCGAAGUCUUGCAGGUUGCUGCCUCCCGCUCUAGUUUUUAGUCUCUUGGACCAGCUGGCUUUUAAAGUCCUCCUUGUCCAAGGGUCUGGCCUCGAGGACCUCCUCUCGGUGCCUCUCUGCUGUAAAGGACCUUUUUGAUCCUUCUAACGGUGACUCUCCUCUCCCUUCUAACUCUGGUCUUUCUGGGCCUAGGAUAAAAACCUCACCUUUGUAUUCAGAGCCCAGCCCUCUGGCCCUGUGUUCUUCUCCAGAACUAAGCUGUGAGGUCCUCAAGGUUGAGCUCUGCCCAUUUCAGAUUCAGUGGUACCCUGGGGUCCAGGCCGUCUCCUAGAGCCAAGUCCUUUAUGGGCUCCAUCAACAAUAGGACUUGAGGAUGAAGGAAACUGCAGUCUUGUUGUGCUGGGUGGCUGCUGGUACUCUGCCUGCUGUUUCUUGUCUAUUGUGCUUUCUCUGGCAUCUCUUGCUGGAUGCAGUUCAGGCUCAGGGGCCCAUCCUUUGGAAGCCUCUCUUGUCAGGCCCUUCUCUCCAGCGCUAAGGACAGCAUCUCAUCGUGCUGGACUGUCUGGGUGGCAUAACCCCCCCACAUUUCUCCUGAGACCAGGGUGAUGAGAUGUCCCAGUCCUUUGUCACAUCCCAGGCCUGGUUUCUUUCUCUGGAAACUUUCUCCAAAGAGUCCUCUGAAUAAACACCUUCAAAAACGCCCCCGACUCAGGCUCCACCUCCAGGGAAACCCAUUGUAGCAACAUUUAUAAAUUGGGUGACCUCUCUCCUUCCCUGAACCACCGGCCUAAUUACAAACCUCAGAACUUUCCUUAGAUGCUACAACUAAGGAAAGUGUGUUCAUUAGUGGCAGAUUCAGGAGCCAGAAUUCUUGGAAGACCAGCUUCCCAACAGGGAAGGGGGGCUAGGGUUUGGGGGUGGCUUUGCUAGGUAUCCUUUUUGGCUCAAACUAACCCAGCCUACCUUCAUUCCUGCAGCUACUUGCAUUGAAGGAACUCUGGCCAGCCUAGACCUGACAAGCAUGGUUCUGACAGGCCUUCCCCUUCUUCCAUUCCUUCUGACUUACUAAAAAAAAUUAGAUUAUAUCCCUAAAGCUAUCCGCUAAAGUCUCUUCCCUUAUAUGGCCACUUCCUCCUCCUGAGGCUGCGGACCAAGGUCCAGCUAUCAAAGUACUGAAGUCCAGCAAUCAAAAGCCCCCUUUGGUUCACCUAAUUAACAUACACAAUCGAAACAUACCACAGCACCUAGCCCAUUCUAAUACAGACCUCCCCUUCCCCCUUCUUAUGAAUUACACCUGCAAGGUCGUUUGCUGAUGUUUUUCUGUCUGAAUCAGAAAGCAGCCACUUUAACUUGUCUUCCCCACUUAAUAAAAGAUCUCUCUGUGAAAACA